UUGUCCGCACGAAAACUUUGGAAAGUUCUUACACCGACACAACGGACACAACGGACACAUCUGGACGAGUGUGACAGCACAACUUCAUGGUGGAUUAUUACAAUUUAGAGCCGAACACACAGCCCUGAAUGAACAAUCAUCGUCGCUGCUGCUGCUGAUCAAGGACACUUCAAUCUUUCCCCAUCGCAAACACAAAGACAGAUUCAGCUCCAGCAGCCUCGAACACCCAGAUCAGAAAGUCAGUGGACAUGGACGCUCUCGUGGCUCGGAUUGUCCUGCUCCUGUGUAUCACUGUGGCAGUAUCUGGUUCCAGUCAGACGUGUGCUCCCCAGGAGGACAAUGACAACCCCCGGGUGUUCAUAAGGGAGAUGCGAACCGGCUGUUGGACUGACUUCAUCCGAGGACAGGACCAGGCUGAGGUCCACAUCCUUAACCUGGACUUCACCCCCAGCCCGGAUGCCAAGAUGUUCUCCCUUAAUCUGACCAGCGCCAAGGCCAUGAAUCUUAUCGUCACAUCUGCAGACACAUCGCAGUCUUAUGGUCUAUACCAUAUUAACACAGAUGUUAACAUUUACGUAAACACCAAUUCUACGAUUGGAUUAAUUGGGACUCAACAUAAAAACAACGUCCACAAGCAGGACUUCCCAACACAAGAGGAGGAGCUGGUCAAGUGGGCGACAGACAAGUUUGGGGGCGUGACUUCAUUCACCACCAUACAAAACCUACAAUACUUCACUGCAUCAGGAGCAGAAGGAACGAAGCCUGGCUCUCAUGACUGCAUACUAACAAAUGAAGAUACGUCAGAGAAACACUUUAUCGAGAUUUCAACCACGUUGGCAGAGUUCAAAUCCUGCUCCCCGAAGCAAAAAAUCUCCAAUGAUGAAGCUGAGCUGCACAUCAUAAAUAUCCCAGAGAGCUCCAGUGCUUGUAACGUAUCACUGCUCAUGGAUAUAACGAAGACUAGGCUGUUCUUGAGGGGCCCCCAGGGGACCACGUGGAUCAUCUUUAACCCACAUGUGACCAAAUUUGCAUCUAACAAUAAGAUCGUGCUGUCGACCUUCUCGCAUACAAUCCAGCCUUUAGUCGCUAUGAACACCGACCGUGCAGAAGACGUACAAAAAAUGGCAUUGGACUAUUAUAAAGCCAGCACUUUCACCAGCUAUACUGAAAUCAAAACGAAGGAAUCUGCGCUUUUACUGGGCCUUCGAAAAGAUGACCGUCCAGUAGGAAUCGUCCCGGCAACCGUUGCUCCUGUGACUACGACUCCGCCCAGUCAGAUGCCUCUGUUGAUGCAGCUCUACGCCUCCCCAGAUUACCGCUCCCCCCUCGACCCCAGCACCAAGGUUCAGAGCGACAAAAGAAUUUACGCCGAGAUUUCAGGGCACACCUUAGGGGGGAUCGUCUUGACCAUAAAGGUGAUCAACUGCGUCUUGCGCUCCAAAGGGUCAUGUCCCGUCGUGAAAGAGCUGCCCUUUAUUCCAGAAGCCUGUUCAGUAAACUCCUGUCCCAACAGCACACGACUCAGCUUCUCAUUAGAUCAGCUGCAGGAGCUGACGUCCACCACCUGGGAUCUGGAAUGUUCUGUCAAACUCUGCUACAGUGAAAAAUGUGGAGACGGAGGACGAGUAAAGCGGAAUCUGGAGGUCACCCAGCCAUGUCUGCAACCAUCACCCACACCGUGCUUUGAUUUCGGCCUACCCGGCGUCCUGGGUAUCGCCUUUGGAGGUUUCCUGAUUGGAGUGCUACUUAUUGGAGCGCUGUGGUUCAUCAAAAUUAAAACAGGAUACCCAACUGGCAUCAGUUCAGCCGCAGCAAAUCUUGCAGAAGCAAUGCGACAACCUGUUUCAAGCAAACCGUCUCCGUCAGAGAACAGCAGCGCCAACGCCAGUAUUGGAAGCACCCAGAGCACGCCGACCAGCAGCAUGGCAUGAGAUGGCGUCAUCUCCAUGACCGACGGCAACACCACCUCCCUUCAAAGUCAUUUAAACGGGUUGUGUGCUUUUGAUUGUCUUAAUGCUUAAAAAGCAUUUGUCCCCUUCUGGCCCCCACCAUGUAAAUUGUCACUUAAAAACACAGCCCAAGUGUUGGCACACAGGCCUGGACUGGAUGUGAUCUGGGAGUCGGUGUGUAGAGGAGUGCCGGGUGACGGAUAACACAAGUCUAAUCAAUGGCUUCUGACGCUCACCUCUGCAGCCCCUCUGUAAAGCCAAGCUCCCAGACAGGAAGUUAAAGAGGGCAAGCGAAAAAAAAUAAAUUGGCUCCCAGCAACAGGAAAAACAAACCAUAUCCCCCAAGAGCUAACAGGAAAUUCACUGCAUUCUUUCAAUGAAUUGCGCUUGUGUGAUGGCAGCACAAUAAUAGUUAGACAGGAGACAAACCGGUCAAAAGACUGACUUUGAAAAACAGAUGAAAAGCUGUUUUUUCAUUCACAUUCAAGCUACAAAAACUGCGAAGGGCUUUCUAGGUUGACCAGUCCAAGAUGAACAACUUUCAGGGACUGCAAAGAUCAACAUGUUAGGAUCUCAAAACCAGUAAAUUCAAUGCUCACUAUAAGGGGUAUUUGGCUUAAUUGGAGUCGAGGUCAAAGGUUAACAGCUACCUCCUAUUAUUUAGAAGUCUGGAGCUAAGUGUAAACUUAACACUAGGCUUCCUCUGGUGAACUGAUCUUAUUUUCUGCCUUUUUUUAAUUGUGUAUCACUUUAGGUGUAUCUUACAGUUGAACCUCCAGGUCAUUUGUAGCGCAUUAAAAGCAGUUAUGGUGCCAUUAUUAUGCUAUGUGAGAACUACAUCAGGGCCUUCUCUAAAGAGUAUUUUUGGAUCAUUUACUGGAUCUUCUGAAGAACUGUACUUGAAAUCCUAAUCACUCUACAAAACCAACGGUAAAUCUGAGCUAUGACCCAUCAGUAGCAAUACAUUAUGAAGUGCAGUGGAAAAAAUGUUUAUUUAUGUGAGACCAGAAAUAAUCACUCUUGACAUACAGUGAAGUUGUGCAUGCAGACAAAUAUAGCUGUACUGAGAGAUGAGUAAUAUCCCUAUCAGGAGUAACUAUUAAAACUUUGCACAUGAGUUUUCAGAGCUACACCCACAGGGUGGAGUUUCCUUAAAAUAGUCCGUCUGGAGGUGGAAUUCCAGUACUUUUCCUUUUGCACAAUAUCACCUGACUGUGAUGUGUACAAAGGCCAUCACCGCUGCCUAAUUACAUGUAGUCAUGAUGUAUUUAUGGACAAUGAUGCAGGUCCUCGUGGUGGAUGAACCAUUAGCCAUCUUUAAAAAUUGAAAUUGAAAUUAAGUGAACACAUAGGGCUCAAGCUGCCAGCUCAUAUUCACUGUCCUUUUAUUAGCGAUGUAGCCAGACGUCGGUGUUCUGCUCUGCCUUGUGCUCGUAGACAAGUGCGGGGAAGGAAAGCCUGCAUUUUUAGACCUCUAAUGGAUGUUACAGAUCGUCAGCACAUUCACAGAUUAUGCUCUGACAGGCAAGACACCCUUGAUCUUGAUCCUUGCUAUAUAUGGACCCUAUUCCAGCUAAUACAUGAUAUAUAUUUUUUUCUUUUUAAGGGGGAGUAUAGGUACAAAAAUAGGUGGUAAUGUUCCAUAAUCAUGUUGGAAUAUAAUCCUUAUUGCCAUACAGAAGAAAAUGGAAUCAGAGAUAUAUAAGACAAAUAUUUGCUUUAAAGGAAUCACCAAAACAAGUACAUUCCAAUUAAUUUGAACAUGCAAGAAACUGAGAAAACAUAGAACCAUGAACUUAGAUAUUUAAUGAUCCCAAACUUCCCCUUCUUGCUCUGGAUGCAGGUCUAGGACAUGGGUGGAGGUUUGGUUUGGACAGUGAAGGGGGACACAUUUAGUGAGAGUUCUGGGGAAACUUUGAGCAUUAAGCACGGAAUUUUCUGCCUUGUGAAAAUUCCAUUUUAGGAUUUUUUAAAGUCAAUCUGAGACUCAGACUCUCAAAAUUACAUCAGAAAUUGGCAUGACAUCCACAUUUAUAAACUGACAGUAAAAAACACAGCAAAAGUCUAGCAUAAAGUGUAAUGUUAAUUUCUCAACACCUCAUAUAUAAAUCUGCAGUGCUUAAUAGUUCUUUUGUGAAAAAAAAAAAAAAAAAAAAAAUUGACAUUGUGUCUUUUUUUCUUCAUAUUCUAACUGACGGAGUAUCUGAUGGGGAAAGAAUUCCACCACCUUCUCUGAAAUCUGUUUUCAGGUUGUAGAUCUAGUUUUGGGUCUGAAUCUAGAUUUUAUGGCCAAUCAUAGAUUUAUUUUCAGACAGGUUGGAAGGUGAAAUAAUUGGCUGACAGCUGUAAUUACCAAUCACUGUUCAGUUUCCAUCAUAACCGUACUGCUUUAGUCUGUGGUUUUUCAUUUGUACUGCAGAGGAAAGGUGCAUAUUUUCAACUUAUAAUUUAUUUUUUUUUGUAACCAUGUGAUUUUAGCAUCUGCUGCUUGAACUAAAAGGCACAGAACAGACCAAAAAAAAAAUAAAAUAAAAUAAACAAAAAUAACACUUGCUCUUAUGAGGAGAUUUUUUGCAGCCACCAUACGUCAGGGUGUUGGGUUCGUCGUGUGGUUGGAAUCUGAAAUGUCACCACUAGAUGUCAUCAGAUAUCACACAGAUUCUGGCUUUUUUUCCAUUGAGUUUGGCUCCAGUAGCUUUAAUAUGAACAGAAAAUUUUUGUGUUAUUGCAGUUUAUGUGAAAUCUAUGUGUAUGCUCCAUCAUCCACCACUUUAAAGCAGAGAAGAAAAUUGUUAAAGCACAACAGCUUGAUUAUAACCACUCAAAGGAAUGUUAUUUUUGUAACUAUAGAAACUCCUGCUCAAAUAGUUGAACAGACGGUUGAUCCGUGAACUCAGUCUACGUUUCACUGUACAAAUGUAAAUGUAUUUUAGAUUUUUAUUGCCAGUCUUUUAACCUGUAUGAAAAUAUUACCAUCACAUAGAAAGUCUUUCAUUAAAAAUUAAAAAAAAAAAAAAAAGUCCAUACAAUAAUAACUCAUGGGCACCAAAAUUGUGACGUUAAUGCUUUCCUUCUAUUCAUUCAAGACAUUGAUUUACUUCUACUGAUGCAUUUAUUCACAUUACAGAUAGUUAUUCACCUUUCAAUUAGGAUGGUUCAGAUAAUGUAUUUACUUUUAGCUAUAAUCUUAAAGACAUAUUCUAUGUUUGUACAAAUCAAGUCUGUGUUUGGAAAAUGUAAAAUGACCAUGUUUCCUCAUUGACCGUAUGAGAGCUAUGUAGCUUAUCCUGUCGGACUGUGUGCAAGUACAUAUUUGGUUUGUUUUUUGUUUGUUUGCUGUUUUGUUUUUUUUUUUUUGUUUUUUUUAUGUGCAUGCCUGGUUUUCUGAGUGUUUUCAUGUGGGGAACAAAGAGGGCCAGUACAAAUUGCCACUUGAGUAUUUGUGCAAUAUGAUGAGGUAAACUUAUAUGUGUUGUCUCUGUGUGGUUUUUUGUAAGAAUGUUGUUUUAUAUUGCUCCUUUGGACCUUUUUUUUUUUUUUUUUAGCUGUUUUGGUUCUUUUCCAUAUUUGAACUGGGGAUCAUUACUAAUCAAGGGAACUUAUCAAAUUCAAGUGCAUUUUUAUUAUUAUUUUUUUUAAUUUCCCAUAUCGAUUGACUGCUUUUUUUUUUUGGUUUUACCUCUGUUUGAUCUCACCCCAGAAUCCAAUCCCCUGACCAAAAAAAAAAAAAAAAAAAAAGAAAAGAAAAAAAGAAAAGAAAAAAGAACCUUCAGUGUCUCUGCUAAUACUGACAUCCUGACAUUGUAUGGUGUUCAUUGUAUUAUCUCUAGUGGGUGUGAUGGGGAUUUUUAAAGACAAAGCAUUUAAUAACAGAGCAGCAUUCCAGUGAAAAGAAAUGGAAAAAUUGGCUCUUCGUUAAAAAAAAAAAAAAAGAAUAGAUUGCAGUAUAAGACAUGCACUUUUCUCCCCCCCAGAAAAUCUAUAUUCCAUACGUCUGUAAAGGCUCCAGUGAGUGCCAGGUUGUGUCUGAGCACUGACAGUAAAAUCAGACAGCCUGUCAUUUAACUCACUUGUUAACCCCGUACAUUCCUUCGUUACCUCUGACAACAUCUUCCUCCUCCUCAUCCUCCUCCUCCUUAAGACAAGUCUUAGUUAACGAAAAAGUCGGCGUGUCAUAUACUGCAGCGUGUAUGCGUGACUGUGUGGAUCCCAGGUUAGCUGUACAGUAGAAACUACGCCUACAUUUAUAUGAGUAGAGUCUUGUUCCAGACUCUUAACAAUGUCCCAAUUCAGAAUUCACAAGAAAAAAAAAACGAAAAAAAGUCUUAACAACAUGUCAGAAUGUCGACUUUGAUAUGAAGUAUAAAAUACAGUGUUAUUUUUGUGCUACAGUGGGCAGCCUUUUACCAUUUAAAAUGGGUCCUUUUUUGAGACAGUACUCAAACCAAUGUCAUGUAUAUUUUUAUGUUGUCU